CAAGACGGGGGAUCGCAACCUCUCGUCGGACAUUAUAUAAGCUCUCUGGAGAGAUACAUGCAGAACAGUUCCUCUCCAGCACUGAGUGAGUGUGCAGGUUGAAAGUACAGUAAGAUCUAAACAACAACGAUGUCACGAGCCGCAUUCUGCCUUCUUGCUCUUUUCGCCGUUGUUGCUGUCGUCAGCUGCCAGCGGCGCCCGUACAAGUUCAACUUUAAUCCGGGUCCGUCUCGUCACCGCAUCACGCCCUACAUCUCGGCCACCGGCAACAACCGCCGCAACUUCAACGCCAACGCGGGCGUCCGCGCGGAGUACGACGUGGCUCGCUUCAAGAACGGCGCCAAGGUGGUUGGAGUCGCCGAGGCGUCGCAGGACUUCGGACGCUUCCAGGGACACAAGUACCACGGGAAGCCUGAGACAGGCGUCGGCCUCAGUGUAGAGGUCCCCAUCGGGAAAUGAGAAGCCCAACCAAAGCACCGCCUCAGCAAGACCAGUUCUAAGAAAUUCAAGUUUACAGCGGUCUGACGUGAACUUUGAAGUUUAAAUUCACUUUGACAGCAGACAGAGAAGGGUACACCACAGCGUAGUCAUCGAGUUCUAGUCCAAAGAGAUGAUUUUGUGGCAUGGGAUAAUUGGAUUCCAUUGUACCGAUUGCGAGAAGGGUAAUAUCUGGAGGGAAGAAAAACGUCCUGUGGCAUAAUAAUUUUUAUUUCUCUGGCGUCAAGUGGAAUUGAGACGUCACACCAAGUGUCUGUAUAGAAAGAAUCUUUAAAACAGAUUGCUUUAAAAUAUGUAUAUUUUAUCUAAGUUUUAUAUAAAAGAACUUCUACGUAUCUCACAGGUGCGUGCCUUACAAGUACCGUUGUAGUGUAUUUGCAGCAAUACAUUGACGUGCAUUUUCGUUUUGUAAAUGUGUUUCUUAACUAUUUAUUUGCUGGUGUGAAGUCUAAAAUAAGCCUUAUCAAAUAAACAUUAUUGAUUACCGCA